CUUCCAUAAGAAAUCGAACAAGUUCGUAAUAUUAUCGAGGUCAAAAUGAAGUCUCUUGUGUCGAUUUUUCUUCUGUUAGGAUCAUUGGUUUGUCUUACUUUAGGAACCGAGAAUUUGUGCCAAAUUUCGGCUAGCAACGUUAAUUCUCGAAGCCAUGGUGUAUUUUUGAACCAAGAUGGAGACGAUUAUUUCAUAAAAUCCCCCUCCAGUGGUCUCUUCCAGUGGGACAAAAAUCAGGCGGUAGUAAUCGGAUGCCCAAAUGGCAUAAGAUCAACCAACUGUGAAAGUUCCUCAACCAGGAUAUCCACAACUUGCUCACCCAGCCUAGGACCAGCAGCAAAAGUAACCAGCAAAUCUUGUGGAAAAUCAGAAGAAGGAAGAGUCAUUCAACUCGGAUACCCAUACGGAUCCAAAGACAAAGUAUCUAUAUCGUAUACCCUUUGCUUCAACGUCAAAAAGUGUUCCGUACUGUAUUCAAGACAUAGUCUAGCUGGAGCCAACUUUUUGCCAAAGAAUUUAAGUUAUGUGGCUCCUACGACGAGAAACGGUGGAGUUUGCUCAACAACAAUUGAUUAUUUUUACGCAAAUUCUUGGCAAGAGAGAAACCGGAAUGCAUUAGGUUUGACUAGAGGACAUUUGUAUCAACGAGCUCCUAUGGUCCCGGCUAUCGAUCACCCGGUUUACUCCUGGAAGACAUUCACGAAUGUCUACGUAAACGGUGCUCCAGGUUGGGAUUCAGUGGUUCAAGGAAAUUGGGCCAAGGUGACAGAACAGGUCAAUGCGCUGGCUCGAAGGACCAAACAAUCCUAUGUCGUUUACAGCGGAGUUGUGUACCCGAACCAAGACAGAUUCCUUGAUCGGAAUACAAACACCAUAAAAAUUCCUCAAUGGUUUUGGAAAGCAGUCAGUGGUUCCAGAAACGGGGUCGUUUUCUUUGUGUUGAAUAAUAUACUGGCAUCGCGGGAGGAAAAGGCUAAGAAAUUCUGCCCCCAGGAUUUGUGCGAAGUGCUUGGGUGGCGCUUCGAUAAGGAUGAAUCAAAAGGUUUGGUAAGGUGCUGCAACUUCGAAGGCGAAGUAACGAAGAUUGUUCCUGAAGAUGCUAGAUUCAGCAAUUUGUUGCAGCAAAAUGAAUAG